AUGGAGACCAAGACUGUAAUCCCGUCUGAGACCUAUACACGCCCCGGCGAGGUCAUCGCGAUAUCCCGCUGGCAAGAAUGGCGGCACUACCUGACCAGUCGAGAAGGCUGGAUAGGCGACUACGACUACAUGUACCUCAUCACCCCCAACAUCUGGCCCCUGAACCGCAAAUACAAAGACGUCGAGCCCCCCUUCUACGGCCUCAAUGACUCCGUCCCAAUCCUGCUCACCCUCCUCCUGGGCCUCCAGCACGCCCUCACAAUGAUCGGGUCGGUCGUCUCGCCCCCGCUCGCUAUCGCCGGCGGCGCAUUCUACCUGGAGUCCUCGCAGACACAGUAUCUUGUCUCCGCGGCAUUCAUCACAACGGGGAUCGCGACGGCGAUGCAGGUUACCAGACUCCAUAUCACACGCACACCGCUGUACAUCGGGACGGGUCUGUUGUCCGUCGUCGCGCCGACUUUCGAUAUCCUCGCUGUCGCAUUCAAUUACACGGAGCGCCGAUACGCAGACGGGACGUGUCCGACGGACGCCGAUGGAGGGCGGCUCCCCUGCCCAGAUGCGUGGGGCGCAAUGCUGGGCACCAUGCUGUGCACGGUGUGGGUGCAGAUCGCCAUGUCGCUUGUCCCGCCGCGGAUCCUGGACCGCAUCUUUCCGAAGGUGGUGACGGGGAGUCUGCUCUUGCUCAUUGGGGUGUAUCUCAUUGGGAAUGGCAUGCAGAACUGGGGCGGCUCGAGCAAUUGUAAUGGGGGAAGUGGGUUCUAUGCCCUUUGCCCCGAUAUCUCGGCGCCGAGGCCGUUGCCUUGGGGCGACCCCAAGCUCAUCGGUCUCGGCUUCAGCGUCUUUAUCACAAUCAUCAUCGUCGAAUUUAUAGGGUCGCCACUCAUGAAAUCUGCCUCGGUGAUCCUGGGUCUGGCAGUCGGAUGCACGAUCUCCGGUGCAGCGGGUUACUGGUCUCGGGACCAGAUCGACGCUACAUCUGUGGGCACUUUUCUCUGGGUGCAUAACUUCAAGCUGUCGGUUGACGGGGCGCUCGUCCUCCCCAUGCUCAUCCUGUUCGUGUGUGAAGCCGUCAGUUGCAUGCCUGAUAUCCUAGCCACCGCCGAGAUAUCGAGGGUUGCCAUCGACGGACCGGAGUUCCAUUCCAGAAUCCAGGGUGGUGUCCUUUGCGAUGGAUUAGGAAGUCUGAUAUCGGCCCUAGGCACGAGUCUCCCCAUGGUGAGCCAGGCAGGGAAUAACGGGGUGAUUAGCCUGACCGGGUGCGCUAGCCGCCGCGCCGGUCUCUGCGCCUCCUUCAUCCUCAUUCUCAUGGGCAUCCUCGGCAAAUUCGGCGCCGUCUUCGGCUCCAUGCCGCCCUCCGUCCUCGGCGGCAUGCAAGUCUUCCUCUACAGCACCAUCGCCGUAGCCGGAGUCCGUGUACUGGGCAUGGUGGACUUUACGCGCCGGAACAGGUUCAUUCUCACCGCAGCCCUCGGUAUCGGAUUCAUGGAUAUUGUGUCCCCUGACUGGUUCAGUCAGGUCCUUGCGUACGAUGGGUCCAAUGUCAACCUCCAAGGGUUUCUGCAGGGUGUUAAUCUGAUCGUCGAGACCCCAUUUAUUGUUGCAGCUGUUGUCGGCGUGUUGCUUAAUGCUGUGCUGAUGGGGGAUAAGGAGGGUGAUGCAGAUGGGGGGAGGGGGCUGCCUGCUUAG